AGGAUGGCCACAAGGGAUCUGACAAUAGGAGCGAUCUUCUUAAUACAGACUCUGAUUGGAAUUCUGGGGAACUUAUCUCUUCUUUACCUUUAUUUCCUCCUUGAUUUUACUAGGUGUAAGCCAAGGCCCACAGAUUUGAUUGUCAAAAACCUGACUGUAGGCAACAUUUUGGUCCUGUUCUCUAUUGGUAUAUACAAUACAAUGUCAUCCUUUGGGUGGUAUCACAUCGUCAGUGAUUUUGGAUGCAAAUUUUUCCUCUAUGUGCGUGGGGUGGGCAGGGGGGUGUCCAUUGGCACCACUUGCCUCCUGAGUGUCUUCCAAGCUAUCACCAUCAGCCCCAGGAACUCCAGGUGGGCCGCACUUAAAGGGACAGCUCCCAAGUGCAUGGUCCCUUCAGUUGUCCUGUGCUGGGUCUUGCAGAUAUUGGUAAAUAUCCUGUCUCCUUUGCUUAUGACUGUCACUUUGAACAACAAAAAUAUCACAAAUAGAAAAAGUUUCGGGUUCUGUUCAAGUAUUCGUCUAGAGAAAAGCAGGGAGUUACUGAAUGUAGCAUUGUUGUCAUUCCCUGAUGUGGUAUUUUUGGGGCUCAUGCUCUGGGCCAGCAGCUUCAUGGUCUUUCACCUGUACAGGCACAAGCAGAGGGUCCAACAUAUUCCUUGGACCACCAUCUCAUCAUCGCUUGAGUCUACAGCCACCAAAACCAUCCUUCUUCUACUGAGCACCUUUGUCUACUUUAUCACACUCUUCUCUGUCCUUCAUAGUCUUUUGGGUAUUUUUGAUCAUCUCAGCUGGUACCUUUUGAACACCAGUUUGGUGAUCACUCUGUGUUUCCCAACCCUCAGUCCCUUUCUGCUCAUGAGCUGUGACCCCAGGAUAUCCAUGGUCUGCUUUGCAUGGAUCAGGAAUAUAAAACCCCCUCAUGUUAUGAGAAACAUGUAA